AUGGGUCUGUCGACUGUGGAAGCACAUCGUGUGGCGAGGAUAACUGAAUUCACAUGGUCGGAUUUGCUCAGUGAAAUCUAUCACACUCCACGACUGAUAGGCUCAUUAUCAGUGCUAUUUCCGAGGCGCGAGGCACGUUCUUACUACAAGCCUGUCAGAAUGGUGCGCAACCUGGAAUGGCUGAGCUCAUCGACGCCUUUGCAAUUUAACAAUCCGAAUCUAUACCACUUAUUAUAUUUUGGAUUUGGGAAUGCUCGGAGCUUAGCAGAGUUAUUUCAAACAGUUGGUUGA